GUUUGGUAAGCGGCUUUGUUUUCCUCAUUCUUCCCAUUAAAUUUCAAGGCGGAAGCGAGAUUUUGUUUAAAAAUUUUUGGUUACAGUUAGCGAGGCUCCUUUGUUAGUAAAAUUAUGCUGUAACUUUAUGCAUUAUUUUGUUCAUGAUUUCAGCUCAAUUUAAUUAAAAUUUUUAAUUUCAGACCAUAAUUUGAUAGUUUUAUUCAAAUCUGUUCAAUUUUCUUUUACAAAAUCAGUUUAAAUUAAAAAUGGAACAACAAAAGCAGCAGCAAAUUGAUGAGCAAAAUUGGCAACCUUCUCAAUCAGAAUUGCAACAAAUUAUUGCUUUAUUGCAACAUUCACAGUCGUCUGAUAAACAGAUGCAGCAGCAGAUUCAACAGCAAUUAGAUCAACUAAAUACGCAUCCACAAUUUUGUUGUUAUCUUCUCUUUAUUCUCAGCAAGCUUAUGAAUGAGCAGGUUCAGAUUCGAGCAAUGAGUGGUUUACUUUUAAAGAACACAAUAAAAAAUAAUUGGCCAAAUUUGCCGGAACCUAUAAAAUUGUAUGUUAAGAGAAAUUGUUUUGGAGCUAUUGGAGACGCUUCUGCACUUGUUAGGGCAACUGUUGGAAUAAUUAUAACAACAAUAUUUUUACAUGAAAAUGUUGAAAAGUGGCCGGAGUUAUUGCCUACAUUAUGCCAUUUUUUGGAGACUCAUGACAACAAUUUUAAUGAGGGCACCCUUGGAGCAUUACAAAAAAUAUGUGAAGAUUCCGCUGCUUGUUUUCGACCGGAAGAUGUUAAUUUAUUAAUUGAAAAAGUUCUUCCUUUUUUCAACUCUCCAAUUGGCAAACUACGCGCUCUUUCAGUAAAUGCAGUAAAUUGUAUUCUUUUGGUGCAUAAUGAAUCAAUUUCUGGAGUGAUUGACCCUUUUUUGCAAUGUUUGUUUAGAUUGGCUAAUGAUGAUGAUCAGGAAGUUCAAAAACAACUUUGCCGUGCACUUACUCUCUUGUUAGAAAGUUUUAUCGAAAAAAUUGCUCCACAACUUCCAAAUAUUGCCGAAUUUAUGCUUUUACGCACAGAUGAUACAAAUAAUGAAGAAACUGCUUUAGAAGCCUGUGAAUUUUGGUUAGCAUUUGCUGAAAGUCCACAAAUUUGUAAAGAAGUUUUGGCACCAAUUCUUGGAAAAUUGCUUCCUGUUUUAAUUAAAUGCAUGAGAUAUUCUGAAACGGAUAUUAUUUUAUUGAAGGGAGACGUAGAGGACGAUGCAAAUGUUCCUGAUAGAAUUGAAGACAUUAAACCUCGUUUUCACAGAGCUAGGACUCAAGGCUUAGGAGCAUCUUCACAUCAAGACGGUGAAAAUAAUAAUACAAAUCAACAGGCUGGAAAUAAUAAUAAUAAUGAAAGUGAUGAUGAAGAAGAUUUUGGUGAUGAAAGUGAUGAUGAUUCUAGUACAGAAUGGAAUUUAAGAAAAUGUGCUGCUGCCUCAUUAGAUGUUCUUUCUGGUGUAUUUAGCGAUGAUUUUCUUGUAUAUUUAUUACCAAUUUUAAAAGAUACUUUAUUUUCUGAGCAUUGGGAGAUUAAAGAAAGUGGAAUUUUAGCAUUGGGUGCAGUUGCUGAAGGUUGUAUGAAUGGAAUGACCCCCCAUUUACCAAAUUUAAUACCUUAUUUGAUCAACUCGCUUCAACAUACACGCGCUCUAGUUCGCUCAAUUACAUGCUGGACACUUUCUCGUUAUUGUCAUUAUGUCGUUCAACAACCACAGGGCCCUAUGUUUAACCAAUUGCUCAAAGAGUUGUUAGCACGUAUUUUGGAUAGAAACAAACGUGUACAGGAAGCUGCUUGUUCUGCUUUUGCUACCUUUGAGGAAGAAGCUAGUCACGAACUUGUUCCUUACCUAGCGGAGAUACUUGGCACUUUGGUUGAAGCCUUCAAACGAUACCAGGCCAAAAACCUAUUAAUCCUCUAUGAUGCAGUUGGAACUCUAGCAGAUAGUGUUGGUUCCAAUUUGGCAGAUCCGCCAUUUGUAGAUAUGUUAAUGCAACCUUUAAUGGCUAAAUGGGCAAUACUUAAAGAUGAUGAUAAAGAAUUAUUUCCUCUACUUGAAUGUAUUUCAUCUGUAGCAACAGCUUUACAUUGCUCAUUUCUUCCAUAUGCUGAACCUGUGUUUCAACGUUGUGUUCAUAUUAUUUCUAACACGUUACAACAAAGUCAGGCGGCAGCUGCUGCAACUUCUUCAGCAACACAGCAAGCUCUAAAUGACCAAACAGAUAAAGACUUUCUAAUUGUUGCAUUGGACCUUCUUUCAGAAUUAACUGAAGCUUUACGUGAUUAUAUUGAGCCAUUAGUUGAUCAAAGCAAUUUAAAUCAACUUAUUUAUAUUUGUUCACAGGAUUCAACAAAUGAAGUUCGCCAAAGUUCUUUUGCAUUAUUAGGAGAUUUAUCUAAAGCAUGUUAUUCUUAUCUACAACCAAAUGUACACCAAUUUAUACCAAUUCUUGCCCAAAAUUUAAAUCCUGAGCAUGUUUCUGUUUGUAAUAAUGCAAUCUGGGCACUUGGAGAAAUUUCUUUAAAUAUUGGUGAACAAAUGAGACAAUAUGUUCCAAUAAUUUUGCCACAACUUAUUAUUGUGAUGAAUCGGGAUAAAGGACCAAAAACGCUGCUUGAAAAUACGGCUAUCACACUUGGCCGAUUUGGACUUUCUUGUAGUUCAGACGUAUCUCCUUUCUUGUUUGACUUCAUCCGUCCAUGGUGUUUGGCUUUAAGAAAUGUUCGUGACAAUGAUGAAAAGGAGAGUGCUUUUCGUGGACUUUGCUUAAUGAUAAAUUGUAAUCCUCAAGGAGUUGCAAAUUGUUUUAUAUUUUUGUGUGAUGCUAUAGCGUCUUGGCAGACACCUAGUGAUGAAUUGCGUUUUAUGUUUGGUCGGAUCCUCUCAGCAUUUAAACAACAAGUUGGCCUUGAAAAUUGGAAUAAUUUUGUGGCCCAAUUCCCGCCAGCAUUAAAACAAAAGCUUGGGACCCAGUAUCAGCUUUGAUGCUUUUGGAAUAUUUUAAAGUUUUUUGCGCGGGUUUUUUGGCUCCGAAUAAAAAUAAAAUAAAAAUUUUUUUAAUAUUUAAAUUUGAUUUUUUUGUUUAUGUCCUCGUUUAUUUUUGUGUUAUUUUUUUUCUGUUUUGUGUUCAUUUCUUCAUAUCUUCCGUCCGUUGUUUUUGUUCUUCGUUUUAUACUAUAAAUAUAUUAUUUGACUUGAUAAAUCAGAAUUUUUUGAAUUUAUUUUUAAACUAUUGUGACGAUAAGGGUUUUUUACUAAACUAUUAAUGAUAGGAGAGAUUUUAAAAUUUUUGUAACCUUAAUUUUUUAAAUACUUUAAUGUAUUAAGCUUACAAUUAAUAUAAAUCAAACAUUUUUAUGUUGUUAAUUCUCUAGGUUUUUAUGAUUUUUUGGUAGCUGUUUAGAGAUCUUUGUUUAGAUUAAAUAGAGACUGGAGUUGUAAAAAAUCUCGGGGAUGGUAUCUUUUUAUGCUUCCGGGCUCUCUAAUAAACUGUCAUGUAUAUCAACUCUAAUAUAUAGUCGGACCUCAGUACACCCUUUGAGACUGAGAAAAGUAUUGUGUACCUUACGGCUAUUAUCCUUAUAUAGGAUAUUAUUUCGAUCAUUAUUGUGUUAGAACCUUUCCCCCACCCAGUGGCAACCAGCUUCUAAAAUUAAAUUUUUAGCCAUUAUUGAGGUCCAAUUAUAUUUCAAACAUUUUAGUUUUGUCUUUUAUCUUUUAUUAUCUUUUUUAUCAUUAUAUAUGUAUCAUCUUCAGCUAACUUAUGA